AUGUCUUCAGGUGUUUCACAUCACGGGCCGGCACCUCAACGACAAAAUCCAGGCGGUUACUCUUGGGAGGACAAAUAUGAUCUAGCCGGUGUUAUUCAACCCCACGAACCACUUGAGCGCUAUAUAGCAGGGGGCUUUCACCCCGUGGCACUUGGUGAUACAUUUUAUAAUGGCAGGUAUACAAUCCGCUACAAACUUGGAUAUGGGGGCUAUUCAACAGUAUGUCCUUCCACCGUUCAAGGCCACUCCACCUUGAGAUGCUCCAACCUCUAUAGGCUAACCCGUGACAGGCAAUGGGUCUCUCUGAAGAUUAAACAGGCUAGGAUUUCAACGAGCUCUUUGGACGAAGAUGCAGACAUAAAAGCCCUAACGACCAUGGAACAGAAACAUGCAUCCAACAAUCCACCAAUCCCGAGAUACUUUCCUCAGCUCUUACAGAGUUUCCAACAUCAUGGGCCAACCGGGACCCAUACAUGUCUCGUCACUGAACUUCUGGGACCAACAAUCUCUUUAAUGAUUAAGGCUUACAACGACAUUGACGUACAGGAAACCUUUCGACCAGAUACAAUUCUCAGGGCCUCCAGACAACUUCUAGAGGCUAUUCAUGCCAUGCAUGGAUCUGGAAUUGUGCUAAUUUGCACAGAUAUAUCCCCUGGAAAUGUUGCCUUUACCUGCCAGGGCAUUCUGGAGAAUGACGAGGAAGAUCACAUCCUAAAGGCUCUUGGAGGUAAUCCCUUUAUUGCAGAGUAUACCGGACAAUCUCCGCGACCAGAAAACCUCCCAAAGCAGCUUGUACAAACAGCCUGUUGGACAGGCUGGUAUGACUGCCCAGAGGAGGACAUUCGUCUAAUCGACUGGGGAGAAGCAUUUCCUAUCGACGAGACACGGUCAAAUCUUGCCCAACCACACGGUCUUCAAUCGCCAGAAACCUUCUUUGUCGGCUCUUUUGAUUAUCGGCACGAUCUAUGGAGAAUUCACUACUUGUUUUAUCAGAAACCUCCAUUUGGGUUUCCUUCUGUUAGGGAAAAGCAAAUCCAGAAACAUGCCCAGGUCAUAGGACCGUUGCCUCCAGAGUGGCAAGCCCAAUGGCAGCAAUGGGUUAAAGAAAACCCCCAGCCUAAAUCGAUGAGAAUAGACGAUGCAUUCACACCGCUUAACGAAAGUUUUGAACCACGCAGACAAGACGUCAUUUCGAACACGGAAGCCAAUGACGGUAUUGACAAAGAAGACUGGACGGAGGAUGACUACCAGGCACUGCGUUGUCUGUUGGGUGUGAUGGAGGGGUUGAUGCAGCAUGAACCUGAUAAGCGCAUUUCAGCGAAAGAGGCUGCUGGAAAAAUUGAUUGGGUUGAUCAAUGGAGAGAGCAGGAUUCAGACCUGGAUGUGGAUGAAUGA